ACAAACAAAGCACCUAUCUUAGAGAGAUGGGAGAGACUAAUUUUGGCGAGAAAAUUUUUGGCGAGAAAACGCGAGUUCUGGUGGUUGGAGGGACGGGAUCCUUAGGGAGGAGGAUUGUAAGUGCAUGUUUGGCUGAGGGACACGAGACUUACGUUCUACAGCGGCCAGAGAUCGGAGUGGAUCUUGAGAAGGUGCAGCUCCUCCUUUCUUUCAAAAGACUCGGCGCACAUCUCGUGAAAGGCUCAUUCUCCGAUCACCGGAGUCUUGUCUCUGCCGUAAAGCAAGUCGACGUGGUUGUCUCGGCCAUGUCCGGAGUCCAUUUCCGUACUCACAACAUCCCUGUUCAGCUCAAACUGGUCGAAGCCAUCAAAGAGGCCGGUAACGUCAAGCGUUUUUUACCAUCAGAAUUUGGAAUGGAUCCAUCACGUAUGGGACAUGCGAUGCCACCAGGUAAUGAAACAUUCGAACAAAAAUUGGAAGUACGAAAUGCAAUCGAGGCCGCCGGGAUCCCACACACGUACCUCGUCGGGGCUUGUUUCGCCGCAUACUUUGGUGGUAAUUUAUCUCAAAUGGGAACUUUGAUGCCUCCUAGAGAAAGAGUUGAUAUCUAUGGGGAUGGAAAUGUUAAAGUGGCAUUCAUAGAUGAAGAUGACAUGGCAAAAUAUACCGCAAAGACGCUUAACGAUCCCCGAACGAUGAAUAAAACUGUGUACGUGAGACCUACCGAGAACAUUCUCACACAUUUGGAAUUAGUUCAAAUAUGGGAGAAACUAAUUGGAAAAGAAUUGGAGAAGACCUUUGUUUCAGCACAUGACUUUCUUGCUGACAUUGAAGAUAAGGAGAUAUCACACCAAGCGGGAUUAGGACACUUUUAUCACAUAUACUACGAAGGUUGUCUCACUGAUCAUGAAGUCGGAGACGACGAAGAAGCUUCUAAACUCUACCCGGACGUGAAGUACACUCGCAUGCAUGAAUAUUUGAAAAUUUUCGUAUGAUUUGGUUGAACCAAAAUACGAACAUGUAAUCACAUAACACCAUUUGCUAAGUUAUCAUCAUGUUUUUCUUUUGGUUUGUUUUGUUCUGUUACAGAUGUUUUUGCAUGUUUACUUAAAAUUCUAAAGACAUGGAUAUCUUAAGAACUAUGUUCCAUGACUACUACUUGUAUGGGAAUAUGGUAAUACUAGUAAAAACAAUUCUUAUAACCACUUAAAUUUUUGUGGCUGAAUCUUAA